AUGACCAACUCAGUUGAUUUCCAGACUGCCCGCACCCUCUUCUUCGAUUUGUAUAGCAUGUAUGGGAUUUACGGGCUCUUCCUCGCCGCGGUUGCUGUGUACAGCGUGGCACUUAUUAUCUAUCGCCUGUACUUGCACCCAUUAGCUCGAUUCCCCGGGCCCAAGAUUGCUGCUGCGACCGGGUGGUAUGAGUUCUACCACGAAGUCAUCAGAGGUGGAAUGUACAUCCAUGAGAUUCAGAGAAUGCACAGAGAAUACGGCCCUAUCAUCCGCAUUAAUCCCCAUGAGAUUGUCAUCAAUGACCCGGACUACUAUAACACCGUCUAUGUCGCCUCCAACACCCGCCGCUCGGAGAAGUGGUAUACCCUCCUAGGGACCGGACUUGAGGGCGCCAUGGGCAUGACCAUGGGGCACGAGUUGCACCGUCGCCGCCGCAGGCACUUCGACCCAUUCUUCUCGCGCUUGGGCGUCACGCAGAUUGAGGGGGUGGUCCUGGAUGAAGUCCAAUUGCUCACCGAUCGACUCGAGGGUUACCGGAAGUCAGGCCGGACUAUCCAGAUGGAACAUGUCAUGGCUGCGUUCACCGGUGACAUUGUGACGAAGAUCUGCUCGGAGAAGUCCCCCGACAUGAUCCGGCACCCGGAUUUCGGCAAGGAAUGGUAUGUCACGAUCCACACCUACCAGCUCCAGGUGCACCUUUUCGUGCAAUUCCCUCAUUUGAUCUCCCUCACGCAACUCAUCCCGCGGGGACUCGUGAUGCACUUUUCUCCGGGAGCCGCGGCGUUCAAGAGCCUGCAUCAGUACGCCUUCGACCACAUCACCGAAGCCAAAAAGGACAUGGGUCGUGCCGGCAAGGUGCAGCAGGAGGCCGGCCGCAGCUCCGUGUUCCGCCACGUGCUCUCCAGCGACAUGCCCGAGACGGAGCGCGAGACGGAGCGGCUGGCGCGCGAGGCCCUGCAGCUGUUCGGCGCGGGCACGGCCACGUUGGUGCGCGCCUUCAGCAUGAUCUUCUACCAUGUCCUGUCCAACCCGCAGAUGCGCGGACGGCUCCGGGAGGAGCUGAAGGACAUCAUGGCCGAGUACCCCGCCAAGAGACCCACUUGGCAGGAACUGGAGCGGUUGCCGUACUUGCACGGGAUUGUCAAAGAGGGGUUGCGGCUGAGUUAUGGGGUCAUGCGUCACCUCGCCCGCGUCUCGCCCGAUCAACCUCUGCAGUUCAGGGAGUGGACGAUCCCCGCCGGCACCCCCGUCGGCAUGUCCUCGCAUAGCCUCCACUCCGACCCAGAGACAUUCCCCGAGCCGGCCAGGUUCCUCCCCGAGCGGUGGAUGAAGGACAGGCACCACCCCAACAUGAACCGGAACUGGGUUCCCUUCGCUCGCGGCUCGAGGAUGUGUAUUGGCAUGAAUCUUGCCUUGGCCGAAAUGUACUGGGUGCUGGCUGUUUUGUUUCGCCCCGGGGCGCCGGAGCUGGAGCUGUUCGAGACUACCGAGGCGGAUGUGGUUCCCGUGCGGGACUACGUGGGAGGGAUUCCGGAGUUCGGGACUAAGGGGGUGAGGGUGAGAGUGGUGUAG